CACCUCCACAUUCCUAGGUGCCAACUACCACUCUUCUUUCAGGGACUGACAUGGCCCAGCGGCUGAGAACAGGACUGCUGUACCUUCUGGUGUGGGUGGCAGUAGUAUGGGCUAGUCACUUCAGGACCGACCUUCUCAACGUCUGCAUGGACGCCAAACACCACAAGGAAAAGCCAGGCCCUGAGGACAAGCUGCAUGAGCAGUGCAGUCCCUGGAAGGAUAAUGCCUGCUGCUCUUUCAACACCAGCCAGGAAGCCCACAAGGAUAUAUCCUACCUGUACAAUUUCAACUGGGAUCACUGUGGCAAGAUGGCGCCUGAAUGCAAAAAGCACUUCAUCCAGGACACCUGCCUGUAUGAGUGCUCCCCCAACCUGGGGCCUUGGAUCCAUCAGGUGGACCAGAGCUGGCGCAAAGAGAGGAUCCUGAACGUGCCCUUAUGCAAAGAAGAUUGUGAGGAGUGGUGGAAAGACUGCCGUACCUCCUACACCUGCAAGAGCAACUGGCACAGGGGCUGGAACUGGUCCUCGGGGUAUAACCAGUGCCCAAAGGAAGCUACCUGCCGUCCCUUUGAUUUCUUCUUCCCUACGCCUGCUGCUCUGUGCAGUAAAGUCUGGAGUGACUCCUACACGGUCAGCAAGUACAGCCGAGGGAGUGGCCGCUGCAUCCAGAUGUGGUUCAACCCGGAUUAUGGCAACCCCAAUGUGGAGGUGGCCAGGUUCUACGCCAAGGCCAUGAGUGGGAGUGGGCGUCAUGGAGCCUGGUCUCUUUCACUCAGCCUGGCCCUGAUGCUGCUCUGUCUUCUCUGCUGAGUAUCUUUUACAUUCUGAUCCCCAGACAUCCCUGUCCUGUCCA